UCAAACGCCAAGUAUGUUGUCAUAACUUAAGUGUUUUAUACAGUAAAACAAACGCGAUGGUAUAGGGCGUAUAAUACGCUGAAUACCAAUAUAUCUAAAAGGGUUAAUGAAAGCGAUCGAGGAGCCGAUACCAAGAUAUUAGUUCCUUUUUAUAGGUAUUUAUUAUACCAAUAGAUUUAUCUGUUGAACAUAUUGAAUAUCUAUAUGUUAUAUCUGGACUCGGGCAGGUUGGUUGUAUGUAAGAUGAAAGCUGGUUAAUGACACUAUAUUUCUUCAAGUAUUUCAUGAACUUUUUCGCUGGAUCACACAAUACAGUCGCUAUUAUCAGUUUGUUUUUCGCGUAGGUACGAAUUUUAAUAGAAAAAAAAACUAUCUAAGAGGAAAAACAAAGAGAAAAGAGGGCAAAAUGGAUGGAAACGAGAAUGCAUCGUGUCGUAUUUGUCACGAAUCUAAUAGUACAACUGAUCUCGUCUCUCCAUGUUUUUGUCGCGGCACUAUGAGUAUAGUCCAUCUUUCAUGUCUCGAAAAAUGGCUAAUGUCUUCAUUAAAAAAUUCGUGUGAGGUGUGCGGUUAUGAAUACGAUGUUGUGCGAAAAACAAAACCAUUUACAGAAUUCUUGAAAAAUCCCGGAACGAAGAAAGCCAAAGAGAAUUUUUUUGCUGAUAUAUUCUGCCUUUUGGGCCUUGUAACUUUUACAGCCGCAACAUUUAUCUUAAGCUUCGAAAAACCUAAUUUCAUGGUACCCGGGUUAAUAUUCGUUACAUUUUUUAUAAGCAUUACUUACGCUAUUGCCAUUGAAGCGUUUAAUUAUCAUUAUUUUGUCUGGGAAUCUUGGAAACGAAAGAACCAGACCGUUAAAAUUAUCAACGUAACUUGAGCAGGUCUUUUAUCAUAAUAUCAAUUAUUAUUAAUGAAG